AAAUUUUGAUUUGGGCAGGGCCGCAGUUUUCUUAUGCUUCAAGUAAGUGCGCGCUCGUUUCCAGACUCUACUGGAAUUCAUCACAGAUAGUCGACGCUGAGAGACGCUAGAGGACCAAGAAUCUCAUCAAGAACUGUAGCAAUUUUGUAUAAUCUGCCUGGACUUGUCACUAUAUUCCAAGACGAUGCAUUUCUUGAGAAAGUUCUCGAACAAAACCGUUCUCAUUCGUGCAGCGGCUUUGGCUGCAGCUGGUUCAGGGACAUUCUGUUUUGCUUCUUCUUCAGGUCAUGAUGCGUCAAUAUCUGUUUCAAUGCCUUUGCCGUUUCGGGAUUCCUUAGCAUGGCCUUGGAGAACUAUCGAGGGGAGCAUCCCGUUUCCUUCAUUUACGCACUCAAACCAUUCACAGUAUGGUCUUCUUCCUCUAUCUUUUUCGAAGCCGGAUAAUGUGCCAGAUACUAAUAUAAGUAAAGGAGCUGCUUGGGAUGCUGGAGAUAGCCCAAAACACUGCUGCAACUGUCUUGGCCGCGAUACUAUUGCAAAUGCAGCUGCCAAGAUAGGCCCUGCUGUUGUGAAUUUGUCGGUACCUCAAGGUUUCAUUGGUAUAACUACAGGUAAAAGCAUUGGGUCAGGGACUAUUAUAGAUGAAGAUGGUACUAUCUUAACUUGUGCUCAUACGGUGGUUGACUUUCAAGGACUGAGAUCCUUAUCCAAGGGAAAGGUUGAAGUGACAUUGCAAGAUGGUCGGUCAUUCGAGGGAACUGUGGUGAAUGCUGAUUUGCAUGCCGACAUAGCAAUAGUGAAGAUAAAGUCCAAAACUCCACUUCCAACAGCAAAACUUGGGACAUCGAGUAAGCUUCGCCCUGGGGAUUGGGUGGUGGCUAUGGGCUGCCCCCUUACCCUUCAGAAUACUGUUACUGCAGGUAUUGUAAGCUGUGUUGAUCGUAAAGCUAGUGACUUGGGUCUCGGAGGCAUGCAUAGGGAAUAUUUACAAACUGAUUGUGCAAUAAAUCCGGGUAAUUCUGGUGGGCCUCUUGUAAAUGCUGAUGGAGAAGUUAUAGGUGUUAACAUCAUGAAACUGUUGGGGGCUGAUGGAUUAAAUUUUGCUGUCCCGAUUGAUUCAGUGUCAAAAAUAAUUGAGCACUUCAAAAGAAAUGGGAGAGUUGUUCGACCAUGGCUUGGUUUAAAAAUGAUUGAUCUCAAUGAUAUGAUUGUUGCACAUCUUAAAGAAAGAAGCGCUUCCUUCCCAGAUGUCAGAAGAGGAGUUCUUAUACCUAUGGUAUCUCCUGGUUCCCCGGCUGAUCGUGCUGGCUUUCGUCCUGGAGAUGUUUUAGUUGAAUUUGGAGGAAGGCCCAUUGAAAGCAUUAAGGAGGUGAUAGAUAUCAUGGGUGACAAAGUAGGAAAACCUUUCAAGGCUGUUGUGAAGAGGGAAAACAAUUUUACCGAGACUUUAACUGUGAUUCCAGAUGAAGCAAAUCCAGCACUGUGAAUGACUGACUGCCCAUUGAAAUGAGCUAUCAGUUUGUGUUGAGGUGAAAAAUAUACAAGCAGAAGGUUUGAACGUUGCUUAAUCCUUAAUGUUCCUUCUUUCAUAUGUUGAUUAACAUGUUGGACAUUUUACGUAUUCGUCGUAGAAAUCUCAACUUUGGAUUGGGUUUCGAUAUGUGAAAUCCAAUGCAAAAAUCAAAGUUAUGUUUAUUCUAUUUUACUUUAUUUAUAUGUUAUAAUAAUAUUAGUAAUGAAUGCUCCGGUAUUUGAUAUUGAA